CUCACAGUUAGGCGCUUUAUCAAGGCACACAGUGCUGUACAUCAUCACAUACACUGUGUUACAUGUACACAGCUUAACUUCUUUUAUCUCUGAGAGCCGUCUGCUAAAAAAAAAAACCAAAGAUGGGGAAAAUUAACGGAUGCCUCAAAUGCGUCUUUAUAUUCUUCAAUGUGGUGUAUGCAAUCCUCGGAUGUCUGCUGAUCUUCGCAGCAGUGAAGUCGGCCGUGAUCAACGACCAGAUUUCUGCGGUUGGUGGACCAAGCACAGCCUGGCUUUGGGUGUUUGCCAUCGGCAUCUUCGGCAUCUCCUGCUUCGGAAUCUUUGCAGCCUGCUCUGAGAAAGGCCUUGCCCUCAAAAUAUUUGCAGGUUUCAUGGUGGCUGGAAUGAUCAUCAUGCUGAUCUUUGGCAUCAUUGUCGCUGUCGUAAGGAACAAGGUCAAAGAUGCCUUCACCAACACCCUGUCUGACUCGAUAGAUCCCUACAUGAAGGAGGAGAGCUUCAGAACAUUAAUUGAUGGGUUGCAGGAAUCUGCCCAGUGCUGUGGAGUGGUGAGCACCAAUGACUGGGGUAAUGACAUCCCUCAGUCCUGUAAGUGCCCUUCUGGACAACCAUCACUAUUUGGACCAUCUGGAUGUAAAUCCAGACCUCAGGGAACCACUGGCCCAGAUCAAGUCUUUAAUAAGACCUGCGGUGACGUCAUCUUUGGGUUCUUAAACAUAGCCUUCCAGAUCUCCAUGGGUUUUUUCUUUGGAUUUGCUGUCACUGCACUGCUGGGCCUGUUGGUCUCCCUCCUGAUGAUCCAUCAGAUCAACCGUCAUGACAACGCAGGAGGAUCGUCCAUUGCCAUGAAGGGCUACUAAAGGGAACCCUCCUCCUGACCCCUGACCUUUAACCUCUGCACUGUAACAGGAGGACUCAGUGGUCAACACGACCUCUUCUUCUUCUUCUUUUUUUUUUUUUACAAUAUUUGUGCCUUUUAAGAGAGCGACAGGGAAAGCAGGAAACACAGGGAUGAUGCUGCACGAGAGUUUCAUUUGGGAGCAAAAGUCUUCCAGCUUUAUAUUGUAGAAAAUAUAUGCAAACAUUUAUUUUUUUGUGAAUCAUUAUAUCUCCUUUGUGUUCUUUGAUGGUAUGCAUGUACAUUAGUCUUAUGUAACAGAGACAUAUUGUACAAAUUAAGCUGUCUCUAUGCGCAGCCUUCACCACAUCCAACUACAGCUCUAUUAACCCGGGGAGGACUGAGAUCAGAGUUAUUAUCGGUGAUUUAAAAUGCAACAGUAUAAGAGAACCCUCUUGUUUUCCAAGGAUGAUGCUUUUUGAUUAAUAAUUUGAUGCAAUCUGAUACAGUUCUUAACAUUUGUUUAAUGUAGACCUUUAUUUCUAAGUAUUUCGCAUCGCUAAAUCUUUACAUCCCUAUCAUUCAUGCAUUUGUGCCCCAUAUAAAUUGAUUAUAUCAGUUUUAUGUGUGUCCAGCACACAAAGGUUCAGGAUUUAAGCCUAGCUUUAAUUGCUAAUGUUACUAUUCCUUUAAUCCAAUAAGAAUAUGCACUGACAAUACGUUUUUCUUUACAUGGAUUGGGGGAAAAAAAGCUGCAGAUUUGACUGCUCUUAGUAUUUCUGGAUGAUGAAUACUAAGAUUAAUUCUAAUCUGGGUAUAAUUUCUGAAGGAAUUAGCAGCAUAAAAAUUGGGAAGAAGACUAUUUCCGAACCUCCUCGGGUUAAAAUGUGUCAGAGCACUUGAGCUGUCUCUUGUUGGUGUGUGCUUGUAAAAGAAAAUUUGCAACAACAAACUAGCAUAUUUCCUAAAGAUAUGUGCAUGUCUUAUGUAAAGCACUUCAGUCUCAACACAGCACUUCUGGGUGCAUGAAUGUUGAAUUGCCUUAACAGCAGGUAACGUUUGGGGAAAGUUGGGAAAUCCCCCCAGCAACACUUGCAGCACUGAGAACAAAAAAAACCAGCAGUUCAGGGUUACAAGUGUUAAGAUCUCCGACGGACAAUGAACAUCUCACCAUUAAAUAAAGAGUGACAACAAUUUAAAUGGAGACAAAUACUGUGACAGGAACUGUUUUAAUGUCAUAUCUGUGCUCCUAUAAUUUCAGAUUAAACUCUUGACUGAAA